UUGAACUACAGCCAUGGGCAAGUCCAACUCCUUCCCUCAGUUAUGAGGCCUUGAGGUUCCUGAAGUACAUUAGCACUUCUCAGAUUUCAUGUGAACACAUGAACCUGAACAGCCUGACAGGGCACUCUGAAACCGCAAAGAAGCCCUGGUCAAUUUGUCUUGACGAGAGGUUUAGCCUCAUUCAUCGAAUCAGAAGCAAGCAAUGCCGCCUCUAUUCCCUUGGGCUAGGCAACGAUGACAACCAGUUUGAGAUCAGCAUGGCCAACAGCGGAUGUGAGGUGCAUCGCUUUGACCCCAGCAUCAAGUCAGCACACAUUCAGGAGGGUCGGCACCUCUGGUAUCAUCGCCUGUCCAUUGAUUGGAGGGAUCCCAAUCCAGCCAUCGCUGCUCAUAAACUUCACAGCAACACGAAGAAGCUGGGCACAAUAUUGAAUGAAUUUGGACAUCAGAAGAUUGAUGUCCUCAAGGCAGAUGUGGAGAGCGCUGAGUGGAAAAUUUUGGAAAACCUGAUCCUGGAAGAUGUUGUUGAGCAGAUAGGACAGCUGGUCUUUGAGGUGCACAUCCACUGGCCUGGGUUUGAGGUCAGCGGCAACGACAGCACCGUGGUGCGGUACUGGUACAGUCUGCUCCGAGAACUGGAGCUGAAGGACUUCAGGCUUUUCCAUACCUACAAAGACUUAUCGAAACCACAGAUGUUUCUGAAAAAGGAAGCCUUCAACGCCAGUAGCUGUUACACACUGAGCUGGAUUCCGAGUGCUCUGACUUUGGCUCUAUAGGGCAGUCUGGCUGCAGGAAGCAAGUUCAGCACUUCUCACACAGGUGACGGUGGGACAGAGAGACUCAGCUGCAGGAAAAGCUGCCACCAGCACUCCCCCUCCUCACCCUCCGGAGGCUUCAGCCACAGAAGACAGGGCUUCCCUAGUUCAUCUGCUCAAAGAACGGCUUGUUUUAAAUUACUCUUGCGAUGGCUGUUACAAAUGGUUUUUCAUCUAGUGAGAUACUUAUUUAAAAGAGCUGAAAAUGAAACCUGGUCUUUUUUG